GUUCAGGUUCUCGUUAAUGAGUGGUCAUUUCUUCCUCUGUCACUGCGUGGGCUUCGUGUGUUUACAGUAUUUCCACUCAACAAGUGUCAUCUUUGUUGACAGUCAUGACUUUGUUAGAUGCGUUUUUUUAGUUUUCUAAGACAACUACAGUAGGACACAAUGACGGAAGCUCCAAGCCCUCUGAUUGGCUAAUCCCGCUGCGCUGGGCACAGAAGCCGCGCUCUGAUUGGCCGAGCGCCGUCCUGGCAUCCUUUCCUGAAGCUGGCGGUGGCAGCCCUGCUGCAGGCUUCACACAGACCCGACGAGUCCGUAAAUGCUGCGGGAGCCAUGUUGAUGCCUGGUUUUGUGUCAACCGCUGCACUUUGGAUGGUUCAAGGAGGUGCGUGUCGAAGCCCGGGAGCCUAGGCGGUGAUUCCAGCCCCCCCACCACCACCACCACCCCCCGCGAUGAGAAGAGGAGAGCGGCUUGUGAUGGUUGAGGCAGCGCCAGAGGAGAGGAGCCGCUCUUAGGUCACAUCACCGGGAGAGAGCAGGCUGAUGCUAGUUAGCCUCGCAGCUAGGUAGCAACAGCUGUGCGGGGCGCUGCGUGGGAUGCGGCGUGUUGACUGAAAACAACACACCUCUUCUCUGCUUGUUUGGGUUUAGUUUGGCUGACGCUAGCUGAGGCUGCUCGGUGACCGUGUGACCCGGGGCUGCCGGAUACAGCCAGCUAUGCUCGAGCUGCCUUUGUAACUAGCUCGCUAGCUGUUUGGCUAACGUUAGCAUGCUGACUAUCAGCUCGCAUCUUCAGUCACGACUAACGUUUCGCUAAAGCCCAGUGACUUAUCGUUGCUUUUCAGACAGCGACGUGUCCGUGUGAGUUUAAAAAAAACAAAAACAAACAAAAAAAAGCAGCCACAAAUCAAGAGGGAGCGGGAGAUAUGGCGACACAUCCAGUGUCUGUGGAAAGCUACCGAUUCGCCUGCUCAGCUCGCCAAGCAGCGGCUAACGGGCUAGCGGCAUAACUUUCCUCUCUCGGUGUCACUCAAGCAGAGCUGCAGAGCUGCACUUCCUCGCUAAAAGCCGGAGCCCUCUCGUACCUGAAGCAAGCUGGCGGCCCUCCGAGUAGAAGCCGAGGACAAGGAGCUGGGGCCGAUGGCCUGGGUGCUGAAGAUGGACGACGCCAGCAUAGAGUCUGGGCUGGUGCAUGACUUCGAUGCCAGCCUGUCCGGCAUCGGGCAGGAGCUGGGGGCUGGAGCCUACAGCAUGAGCGAUGUGCUGGCUCUGCCAAUCUUUAAGCAGGAGGACUCCAGCCUCCCUCCUGAAAACGAGACCAAAAAUCCCCCAUUCCAGUAUGUGCUGUGCGCCGCCACGUCGCCUGCUGUCAAGCUGCAUGACGAGACGCUCACAUACCUAAACCAAGGCCAGUCUUACGAGGUGCGUAUGUUGGACAACAGGAAGGCAGGGGAGUUACCAGAGAUCACCAACAAGAUGGUGAAGAGCAUAGUGCGAGUGGUGUUUCAUGACCGCCGGCUGCAGUACACAGAGCACCAGCAGCUGGAGGGCUGGAAGUGGAAUCGUCCUGGCGACCGUCUCCUUGACAUCGAUAUCCCCAUGUCAGUGGGCAUUGUGGAGCCGAAGACUCACCCCUCCCAGCUUAAUGCGGCAGAGUUCCUGUGGGACAUGAACAAAAGAACUUCUGUUUUUGUGCAGGUGCACUGCAUCAGCACAGAGUUCACCCCCAGGAAGCACGGCGGAGAGAAGGGCGUCCCCUUCAGGAUCCAGUUUGACACGUUCGCCCAAGGAGAGGGUGGAGAGUACACAGAGCACCUCCACUCUGCCUCCUGCCAAAUCAAAGUCUUUAAGCCAAAGGGAGCGGACCGUAAGCAAAAGACAGACAGAGAGAAGAUGGAGAAACGCACCCCUCAAGAGAAGGAAAAGUACCAGCCUUCUUAUGAUACCACUAUCCUGUCAGAGACGAGGCUUGAACCCAUCAUAGAGGAUGCGGGUGACCACGAGCUGAAAAAGUCCAGCAAGCGGACACUUCCCGCUGACUGUGGCGACUCCUUGGCCAAGAGAGGCAGUUGCUCUCCGUGGCCAGACAACGCCUACGUCAGCACCAACCAGGCAGCUACUCCCUCCUUCUCCUCCACUCCACUGUCCACCUACACAACCUCCUCAGUACCGGACAGUGACUCGUCCUCACCCAAUCACCAGGCAGACCCUGGCAGCCAUGGCAACUCGGAGCAGUUGAGCCCCACUGCCUCCAUACAGGAUGCACAGAAGUGGCUGCUGAAAAAUCGCUUCAACUCCUACACACGACUCUUCUCUCACUUCUCAGGUUCUGAUUUGUUGAAGCUAACCCGGGACGACCUGGUCCAGAUUUGUGGGCCGGCAGAUGGGAUCAGACUCUUCAAUGCACUUAAAUCCAGGUCGGUGCGUCCCAGGUUGACCGUGUAUGUCUGUCAGGAGUCUCCUCGAGAGAGCCCCCUGCUGGAGAGACACGCCACAAAUGAAAACGGAGAACACAGCAUUUCCUCUAGUUUACACGUGUAUCAUGCUCUGUACCUAGAGGAGCUCACAGCUGCAGAGCUGAUCCGCAAGAUGGCGUAUGUGUGCAGCCUUCCACUGGGAACGAUCAACCAGGUGUACAGACAGGGUCCUACAGGCAUACACAUCCUGCUCAGUGACCAGAUGGUUUACAACUUGCCUGAUGAGAGCUGUUUUUUGAUCAGCACUGUCAAAGAUGAACUGGGCGAAGGACUCCAUCUAAUCCUGAAGUAGUGAGGAGGACAGAUGGCAUCACUAAUACUCCACCCUCUGUUUUGGAGCAGAAGCCUCCCUCUGUCCCUCUCCGCCUGCCUCCACUCUUUCCUCAUACUUCCUCCCGUUCUCUCCAAAUGCUCGCUCGAAGGAAAGCAGAGAGACUGUGCUAAAGCCAUGUAAAUGUUAGAAUCUGACAUGGGUGUGUCCACUGUUUCAUAUUGAAAACACUAUUAACAGAGGAGAUUAGGUAAAAGAGGAGAGACCGGGGAGAUAUGGGGGUUAGGGGAAAGAUAAUGAUGUAUGUAUUUUGAUUUUAUUAUUUUAUUUUUUGUCUUUUUUUUUUUUUUUAAAUAUGGUUUCUGUGGGAGAAGGGAGGGGGGAGGCUCCAGGACAGAGAGGGGAGUGACGCUCUGGCCGCCAGUAGAAGGAAAGAAAGCAGAGUUUCCUUAUUGCUCGUUGCUUUUCUUACACAACGUGCACAACCAGCACUAGGCCAGUAUUUGAUAACCUGUACUGCUGAACAGCAUGCGAUCUCAACAUACUAACUUGCUUAAAGGAGAAUUCCAACUUAACUCUGCUUGUUUAACAUUCUUGACGGGGGUCGUCUUAAUAAACAUAAUUAUUGAUCAGCUGAGCUUGAUAACCCCGGAAAUAUCCAGGCUAAAUUUGUGGAAGUGGCGUCAUUUGUGGAUGUUGACACCAACAUUUCUUUUUUUUUUUUCCUUGGAUUUGUCAGAUGAACUGAUUUAAUUAACUCCACAUAGUCGUCCUAUGUGAUUUUAGACUUCCAGCCAUAUCUCUGUCUGUUGACUCCAUGUCACACUCAGCUCAACUUUCUGAACGUGCGUCCUGUUUGGCCUGCGCUUUUACUGUUUUUAGUUCACGCUUUAUUUAUGGAUCAGCUGUUUCUCGCUCGCUCCCAUGUUUCUCGUGCCAUAUUGGCUUUUUUUUUUUAACUCUGAUCAUUUAGUCCUGUUCACAAACACCACAGUGCACAUGCACCUCAUCUUUGACUCCUCUGCUCUCUGUGCUGACUUUUGAAACACUGGUUUAGAGUGUGGUUUACGCCUUCUGGGGGGAUUUUGGCCACAAAUGUGCAAAAAAAAAGAAGAGAAAAGAAGAAAAACCCUCUAUAGUAGAAUGAUAUGUGGAGCAGUAACGCCUAUCCAAAAACCUACUUUAAUAUGGACCAAACGGGUUUCAGAUUGAUAGGCACUUUUUGAGGAAAGCCCCAUUGGCUCUGUACACCUUGGUCACUAGAAGCAUUCAUAGAAUUGAUCAGAUGGCAAAUGAAACCCUCGUCUAGUGGAAUUGCUUGUGCGCUGCAUGUACAUAAUAAUAAACCCUCCAUUCCAGCAUCUGCUCUGCAAGACAACAACCCAACACUCAGCAGGCUGGUAGACAUGAAUCAGUGUGGUAGCCUGGUUUUCAGUAGUCUUCAUCUUCAAGAUCUCGUUUUUAAUGUAGCUGAACACAGGAAAUAUUUUUUGUUUUGUUUGUUUUUCGAGUGGCCUUACCUUUUUGAAAAGUGACAGGAAGGCUCACGCAGGUCCUGAGAGUCGCCAUAGGUUUAGUUGACACCCCCCACCCAUUUGAUUUUGGUGCACAAUGUCUGUCAAUCUUACAAGUGCAUACACUUUGCACCCCUCCGAGUGUCAGAUGGUGUGUGUAUGCAUGUGUAUCAUUUUUCGUUCAUGCAAAGAACACUUAAUUAUGUCACUAGUCGUCAUAAACCUUUUCCUAUGAUGAAACUGUGUUUAGCUUGCUGUUUAGUAAAGAGCAUGCGGAAGAUGGGUAAGGGAGGGAGGGAGGGAUAAUUUGGUUCUUUUUGGUGAGUGUAACCCCUCCUUCUUUUUCCAGAUGUUAGAGACCAAGUCUGCACUGAAAAAUCACAAAACUCAAGCUCGAUGUGUAGUCAGUAGUCCUACAGCCACGCCCUCUUCUUAUCCGCCUAUAAGACGAGAACAAAAAAAAAAAAAACUGAGACUAAAAAGCAUCUGUGUUUUUGUCUCACCGUGCGCCAGAGCCAGGACUGUAGCUCUUGUGGUGUUUACAAGGACAUGAGUACCACAGCACAGUGAACUGUGUUCAUCGACUCAAAAAUUAGUGAGUAAAGGAUGCGAUACCAAGUCAGGUGAAACUCCGGUGAGUUGUUUUUGGUCCCCUCGAAGGCCUGACCAGUCUGUCUGUCUUUGUGUGAUUGUGUGAUUGUGUGUGUGAGAGAAAGAGAGAGAGCGUGAGCAGGAGAGGUGACCACCGUUCAUGUACAGCCUAAUGUCAAUGAUGAUGCUUCUCAUGUGCACAGUAUCGUAUGCUGGAGAUGUACACAACCACAUGUGCUGGGAAUAAAUGAUUUCAUAACUUUC